AUAUAUACCAGCCUGGAGUGUCAUGAUCCGCUUUUAAGUUUGUUUUUAUUUAAUUUUUUUCUCAUAAUUAUGCAAGCAUAUUAUCCAAUAGUUAAUGGCGCUGGGUGAGGGCAUGUGAAUUGAGUUGACAAUUAAGCAUAUUCAUUUUUUUCCCUUUGAAUGUAAAUAUGUAUUUUUAUAUAUUGCUAUUUUUUGGUUGCAUUUCAAUGUGUAUUGCUUUUAAUGCAAUUAAAUGGAUGUCAUUGUUUAAAUUUGAACUUUGUCGCGUUUGACGUUGCUUAAAACAUGUUUUAACGCUUCUUUUAUUUGUUUUUGUUGUUGUUUCUACUUGCUGUUGUAUUUAACUGUUAUUUAAUUACAAUAUUGCAAAGAAAAAUUGCAUUUUGUGGGCCGCAGUCAGCUUGGCCCAGGCCCAGCGGCCCGACACUCAUCAAUUAUUUAUAGGAUAUUGUGAGCUUUAACACUUUGCAAAGAGUUACGUGACGCGCAGCAGGUUGGGCAUAGCCAAAGCUGCCAGCCAGCUACUAAGGUUGGCAGCGCAGCGACAGUUCCUGCAGCUGAUGCCAAGAUAUGCGCUAAUUGAUUUAAAAGUGUUGGCCAUGAAUUUUUCACGGCCCGGCCAUUGAUGAGUUUAUAAUCAUAGGAUUCGCGCGGCUAGCGAAUGCCAUAUAAAUAGCCAGUCUAGAGCUGCCAGGCAGACGACAGUUAGCUAUAGUUGCUCCAACAUGCUGCUGCAACGCAUCUUUCCCAGCAUGUACAUGGCGCCGGACUCUGCGCCGGCUGAAUCGCGCAAGGCAACGCUCUAUUUACUGCGCUGCAUUUUUCUAAUGGGCAUACGGACGCCGCCUCGAAGAUUCUUUGCCAUCUAUUGCCUGUGGUCGUUUGCGCUGAAUCUAAGCUCCACAUUUUACCAGCCCAUUGGCUUUCUAACCGGCUACAUCAGUCAUCUGUCUGAGUUCUCGCCGGGUGAGUUUCUCACCUCGUUGCAGGUGGCGUUUAAUGCCUGGUCCUGCUCGGCCAAGGUGCUUAUUGUCUGGUCGCUGGUCAAGCGUUUCGAUCAGGCCAACGCCAUUCUCGAUGAGCUGGACAAACGGUUGCUGGUGUCCAGCGAACGUGCCCGAUCACAUUGUGCUACUGCCCGCAGCAAUCGCAUCUUCUUUGUGUACAUGACCGUCUAUGUGGUGUAUGCGACAAGCACAGCUGUGGUCGCUGCCCUCAUGGGUGUGCCAUCCUUUCAAAACUAUUAUCCUUGGCUGGAUUGGCGCGCCAGCCGUUGGCAGUUCUGGCUGCAGUCCGGUCUGGAAUACUUUGCCAUGUUGGGCGCCUGCUUUCAGGAUGUCUGUGUGGAUUGUUAUCCCGUCAAUUAUAUGCUGCCACUGCGCGCUCACAUGGCCAUCUUCAGGGAACGGCUUCGUCGGCUGGGCAAGGACCCAGAGGAGAAGCCAGAGCAGCGCUACAAAAAACUCAUCGAUUGCAUUAAGCAUCACCAGGUGAUCCUGAGCUAUUGUGACGUGUUGCGUCCCCUGGUUGGCGGCACCAUUUUUGUCCAGUUUUUGGUUGUGGGCAUGGUGCUGGGCUUUACGAUUAUCAAUAUUGUGAUGUUCGCCAAUUUCGGCUCACGCAUCGCGGCUUUUUCCUUUAUGUGCUGUAUUAUGCUGGAGACAACGCCCUUCUGCAUACUCUGUAACUAUCUAACGGAUGACUGCUACCAGCUGGCGGAUGCUCUAUUCGAAUCCAAUUGGAUCGAACAGGAUAGGUUUUAUAAGAAAAUAGUUCUGCAGUUUUUGCAGACUCUACAGAAGCCCAUUGUUUUCAUGGCCGGCAACAUAUUCAGCAUUUCUGUGGCCACAAAUCUGACCGCCAUGAAAUUCUCCUUCUCUGUUUUUACGCUGGUUAAACAAAUGAAUAUAGCUGAGAAAUUGUCAAAAUCAACGAAAUUUGAACAUGAAGCAGCGCCAAUAUAAAAAUGAUUGCUAAAUGGAUCCAUUAAGAUAUCUGAUCAAGAAUCUUGACAGCUUGCUUUAUUUUUGUAAUGUAGUAUUUCCAUAAAUGUGGGCGUUAAUCAAAACUACUAAGUAAUAGUAGUUAAAAGUGGACGUUUAUCAACACUACCAAGAAAUUAUACCACUUAACCAACACUUCUAUGUAGUAAUAGCAACAUUCAUUUAUUUCAACACAGAGUUUUAAAGAAAUGGGUUAACCAACACUGCUACACACUUCACAAUAUCAAAGCUGCUUUGAGCUAUGUAUUUGUAUUUGUCUACACAUUUAUCCGGCUAUAUGUCCUUAUUUUAACUAUUGAAUACUCUGAUAAUUGUGUGAUUUUUAAUAAUGUAUUUACCAAAACUGCUACUAAUUAAUCAACACUACUUAGUGAAUACAAAAUAACUAACACUAGAGUAAAUUGUUCGUAUAACAUUUGUUAAAGCUGCGUAUAACAGUUAUAUAAAUUAAUAUUUCACCUGUCUGCAGACGAAAAGUUAUUCAGUUUUAAAUUUAUCUGCAAUAUUCAUUUGCUUCGUGAUGGUUAUGACCGAAAAGGCAAAUUUAGCAACCUAUUAAAAAAAAAAUUAUACAAAUAAAUGAAAAUAUGCCAUUGUCAUUGACAUCACUUA